UUCUGCUGUUUUUCAUUAAACAACGAAAAGUCUUCGGGACUGGAUCAUCAAAAGCGACUUGAUAAAUACAAUCGGCUGACUUGCACAUUAGUGUAGUUUCUGCCAUUUAAAGAGAGUGCAACAACAGUGUUAAAUCAGUGAAUUUUUUGCAUUCCUUGCGACGCAAUUCCAAGUGAUUCAGCGACUCGUCACAAUGCGCACAGCUGUUUUGCUGCCACUCUUGGCCCUGCUGGCGGUGGCCCAGGCUGUUUCCUUCGCCGACGUGGUCAUGGAGGAAUGGCACACGUUCAAGCUCGAGCACCGCAAGAACUAUCAGGAUGAUACCGAGGAGCGUUUCCGCCUCAAGAUCUUCAAUGAGAACAAGCACAAGAUCGCCAAGCACAACCAGCGAUUCGCCGAGGGAAAGGUGAGCUUCAAACUGGCGAUCAACAAGUACGCCGAUUUGCUGCACCACGAAUUCCGUCAGCUGAUGAACGGCUUCAACUACACUCUGCACAAGGAGCUGCGUGCCACCGAUGACAGCUUCAAGGGAGUCACCUUCAUCUCGCCCGCUCAUGUAACUCUGCCCAAGUCUGUGGACUGGCGCACCAAGGGAGCCGUGACCGCCGUCAAGGAUCAGGGACACUGCGGCAGCUGCUGGGCCUUCUCCAGCACAGGCGCCCUCGAGGGUCAGCAUUACCGCAAGUCCGGCGUCCUGGUCUCGCUGUCCGAGCAGAAUCUGGUCGAUUGCUCCACCAAGUACGGCAACAAUGGAUGCAACGGCGGUCUCAUGGACAAUGCCUUCCGUUACAUCAAGGAUAAUGGAGGCAUCGACACCGAGAAGUCCUACCCCUACGAGGCCAUCGAUGACUCCUGCCACUUCAACAAGGGCACAAUCGGAGCCACCGACCGCGGAUUCACCGAUAUUCCCCAGGGUGAUGAGAAGAAGAUGGCCGAGGCUGUGGCCACCGUUGGCCCCGUUUCCGUUGCCAUUGACGCCUCCCACGAGUCCUUCCAGUUCUACUCGGAGGGCGUCUACAACGAGCCCCAGUGCGAUGCCCAGAACCUGGAUCACGGUGUUCUGGUGGUUGGCUUCGGCACCGACGAGUCCGGCGACGAUUACUGGCUGGUGAAGAACUCGUGGGGCACCACCUGGGGCGACAAGGGCUUCAUCAAGAUGCUGCGCAACAAGGAUAACCAGUGCGGCAUUGCCAGCGCCUCCAGCUAUCCCCUGGUCUAAAGCAGCAGUACUGAUAUAGUUUAGGCACAGCCUUUAUAUGAUAUGAUGAUAUGAUAGAAGCAAACAAAAACAUACCAACGCAAGCAUCUCAAAAAUGAACUUUAAUAAUUUAGCCCAACCUCAUAUUUAAUGAACUAGUUUCGUAUUGGGUCCAUUGUAUUCACGUUUCUCUGCCAUCAUGUAUGAUAUAGGUGAACAACAAAUCUGUUGAUGUUUGUACAAAAAUAAAUAAAAAUUAUAUAACUUUAAA